AUGGCCUGCCUUGCCAUCGCGCAGACCAACGGUACGCAGCACAAGACUGUCCCGCGUAUUGUCGGCGGCUCGCCGAUGACUAGCAAGGGCUACGGCUUCACUGCGUACAUCAUCGCGCAUGGCUCGGAUAACACCGCCGGCCUCUGCACCGGUGUCCUCAUCACCCCUACCGCCGUCAUCACCGCAGCCCACUGCGUGUUCCCCGACUCCAAAACAUCUUACGGUGCCGCCGACUAUGAGAUUUGGUUUGGCCUCGACGCUCCCACCCAGGCCACGAAAACACCGGGAUUCAAGGUCAGCAGAAUUCAGUGGGCGUCGGACUACUCUCUGACCACGCUCCUUGCCGAUGUUGCUGUUCUGCACCUGAGCAGCCCUGUGCCCGACACUGUCGCUGUCCCGACCAAGAUUUAUACCGGGCCAGUCUACCAGGACACGCCUGUCUGGGCUGCAGGUUUUGGCAGAACCAGGCCGAAUGACUCGAAGUCGCAGUCGUCGGUGCUCAUGUACGUCGGACUUCGUCUUGGCUCAAGCUCGUACUGCAAUGCCCACAACGACAACUACGACAGCUCAAGCCAGCUCUGCACUAGCUACCUGGCUGGCCGUGACACCUGCCUUGGUGACAGCGGCGGUCCGCUGAUGACACCGACCGACGGCGAGUACCCCAUCGGAGUCGUCGGAAUCACGUCCAUGUCGACCUAUCCCCAGAAUGACCCUAACGCGAUCUGUGCCAGGUCGGACAUUACCGGGUACUACACGAGGCUGGAAUACUUCAUUGGGAUGAUCACAAAGGCCGUUGGAGUGAGUGCUAGCGAAAUCACUGUCAGCAACACGACAACCUCGCGCCCUGCGAAAACCGACGACAAUACCGAUAAUGAAGCCGUGACUGCAACUCGUGCCAAGAAUACUGAUGCAGCCCCCACGUCGUCUCGCUCAUCCCUCCCUACUGGUGCCUUUUCGUUCUCCUACUCGUUCGAGUCGUACUCCUACACAAAGCCUCCGUCCCCCACCCUUUCCUUCCUUUCGGGUGUCGUUAUGCUGAAUUCUGCUUCUCCCCGCGCUGUAGCCUCGGUGGUGGCUUUGGUUGCAGCAGCUCUUCUGCUUGCUUAA